AUGUUGAAGCAGGCAAUGGAAAUGGCUGCUGCUGAGCAGGGCAUUCUGCCUUCUGGCCUGCAGGUGGAUAUGAAUACUCAGAGUGAGAUAUUGAAGGGGUCCCUGUUUGGCAGCUGUGAGGAGACUGGAGACAAGGUUACACAGAAGAGAAAAUUACCUACAUUGGACUCCCCUGGCACGGCUGAAGAAAAAUCAUUCAAGUCCAGACAAGAGGACAGGGUGCCCACUGGUUCUGGCAAUGAGCUGGGAAAACAAGCUGCAUUUGUAAACCACUUGGGCAAUACGAACAGCCUCCAGCCUAAAAAGCAGAUUUGCAGUGCUGAUUUGCAGAUGCCCACAGCUGAUAAGCAGCAGACCUCCAGCAGAGGCAAUGGAAGGGCUCCAGCUCAGAUGGGAACAAUGCAGGAUAUGAGGCAGAAUUCCAGUCCCUCUGGGGUGCAGACAGCUACUGAAGUUAACCCUCCCCAACAGCUGACGGAUGAAGAUCAGCUUCUGCAGCAGCUAAUGCAGUACACAAAUAGCGUCAAGAGUAAGAAAGAACAGAAGGGGAGAGGAAAGAAAAACAGCACUGCAAAAGGGGGCUCCAAAACUACAAGCACAAAGAAGGCAGAAUAUAUUGUCGGCAAGCCCAGAGCAAAACAACAGAGUGAAUCUUUCCAGAAAGCCCCAGAGAAAGUGUUUCCCGCUGAUCCCGAGAAUGAGGACCUGGAGAAGCCUAUAGAUCUCCCAGAGUGGCCAGCUGAGCCCCAGCGGGAAGAAAAGAGACCAGCCUCCUCUCAGCACUCAAUAUCUUCAGAACAAAGCCAGGAGGAGCUCCAAGACGGGGACAACAAAGGGAAUGCAGAGGAUAAGUGGAGACAGGCCAGAGAAAAGCGGGAUCUGAAGCGAGUGCAGCAGGCUGAGUGGCGCCGCUUGGAAGUGGAGAGAAAACGACGGGAAAAGGAGAUGCAGAGAAAGAAAGAGAUGGAGGAGAAAGAACAGGAGGAGAGGAUGAAAGAGGAACUGCAAGAGCAAGUGACUAAAAAAAUACAAGAGCACCAAGAAAGGAAGAAGCGGGAAGCGGAAGAGCGUCGUCAGCGUGAGGAAGAAGAGGAGGCGCUGCAUCAGGAGGAGAUGAAGCAGCAGGCACGUGAGCAACGCAGGCUGGAGGAGCACCGCCGAAAACUGCUGGAGCUGCAGAGAAAGAAGUGGGAGGCAGAGCAGCUAAGAGAAGCUGAAGCUGAGAGGAAGAGGAUGGAAGAGGAAGAGAGACUGGCGGAGGAGCAGGCUCUCUUAGCUGCCAUGGAAGAGGAGGAGCGUGAGGAGUACCUGAGACGGAAACACGAGGAAGAGGAGAAGAGGAAGCAAGAGGAGAAGACAAGGCAACAGCAACACGAGGAGGAGGCCAGGAAGCGGAUGAACGAAGCCAGGCAAGAGGCUGAGCGCAUCAUCAGGCACCAGUGGGAGACUGAGAGGCGUCUUCGGUUUCACAGGGAACUUUUGCUUGAAGCAGCAGGUCUUGAAAAGACUCAGGAAAUAAAUCGCCCUUGGAUCUGCUCGUACUAUGAUGUACUGAGGCUUCUUGUAUUAGAGCUUGAUAGACAACAUGAAUAGUGUUCUUGUAGCAGAUUGAUCAGCUAUUUGUUUGUUAGAAAGAAAAGAGUAACUUUAGCUGUGUCUUUUGGAAAAAAAAUAUAUAUAUAUACACACACACACAGUUGUAAUCAAAAGUUUACUUACCCCAAUGGAAAUUUAUAAUAUCUAGAAAUUUCUUGAAAACAAAUAAUUAUAGGAAAUAUCUUUUGUAGCAAAUGUUUUGCUUUUGUGGAUGAGGAAAAAAAGUUACAAGACAUAGAUUUCUACAAUUAGUUAUUUCAGCAAUUUCUAUUUGCAGAACUCCUUAAAUGCUAAUUCAAAAGUAUUCAUACCCUGACAAGGAAAAUGAAAUUAAUAGCUAGUUGAGGCACCUUUAGCAAUAAUAACCUCUUUUAAAUGAUUAGGAUAUUUGUCAAUUAGCUUUUGGCAUGAUUCUUUACUGAUUUUUGACCAUUCUUCAACUCAGAAUUGUUCCAGUUCAUUCAAAUCCGAGGACUUCUCUUGUUCACAGGCUUCUUCAACUCAUACCAAAGAUUCUCAAUCGGAUUUAGAUCAGGACUUUGACUAGGCCAUUCCAGAACCUUGAUUUUAUUCUUCUUGAACCAUUCUGAAGUAGAUUUUGAUGUGUGCUUUGGAUCGUUGUCGUGUUGAAACGUCCAGUUGAGCUUUAAACCAAGUUUUGUAACAGAGGGUUUCAGAUGAUUGGCCAAUAUCUUUUGGUAUGCUAUGGAGUCCAUUUUAACAUGUAUUGGAACUACAUUAGCAGGGCCGGAGUAAGGUUAUGACGGGACGAGUAUGUAAUAUUGCAAAAAAAAUUAUGAAGUCAUCAAACAUAUUUAUUUAUUUACCUGUGUAAAAGUAAUACAUUUAUUCAGCUCAAGGUAAAUUCAUCAAACAUAAAUCACUCACUACACUCAUUUCUUCAAACAGCAUUUUUUUUUCCUAGAUUUAGCUGCGGCAAUGUCAUGAAUGAUGUCAUCGUAAUUCAAAGACCUGACGAUUUUAUUCUCAAUGCUCAAGAGGAACAAAGCACUGAGACACUCUUGAGUCAUGGUGGAUUGGAGGACAUUUUUUACCCUUUUUAGAAGAGAGAAGGAAUGUACUCCGCUACAGUUAGUGAUUAUUAGUGACAAAUACAGCUGUAAUCCAGCUUCAAUAUUUGGGAAACAUUCUAUCACAUUGGAUUCAGUGCUAACUCGGUACAUCCAAAUAGAUUUGCUUUCAUCAUCUUUUCUCUCUAUAUCUGAGAGGGAUGUGAAUUCAACAAAUUCUUUAGUAAGAUAUACACACACACUUUAUAUAUGGUGGUCCAGUGGUUAAAGAAAAGGGCUUAUAACCAGGAGGUCC